UUCAUAUCUCUCUUGAUGACGCACUUUUAUGAUUCACUAUUGACAUUCGAGACCUGGCAGCCACGUUGAUUUUCAGUUUAUUGCGAUGACAUAUCCGUGUGCUUGGAAACAUUUCGGCAGUAAUCGCCCCUAUUUCGCGUGUGUGGACCGGCGAACCAUGGCACGCGUUCCUGUCAGACUCAAUGUUUAUGAUAUGUACUGGUUGAAUGAUUACGCGUCAAAUAUAGGAUUUGGAAUUUUUCACUCUGGCAUUGAAGUUUAUGGAGUUGAAUACGCUUACGGUGGGCAUCCAUACGCAUUCUCCGGAGUUUUCGAGAAUUCACCACAAGAUGCUGAAGAACUAGGGGAGAAUUUUAAAUUCAAGCAAUCGAUAGUGAUAGGAGAAACUACAAUCACAGCAGCUGGAGUUCGGGAGUUGAUCAAAGCACUAGGCCAGGAGUAUCGUGGAGAUCGCUAUCACCUUAUAUCACGAAAUUGCAAUCAUUUUAGCGCUGUUUUAGCUAAAGCUCUUACGGGUAACGAUAUUCCUUCAUGGAUUAAUCGACUUGCAACUCUCAGCGGAUCCAUUCCUUUUCUAGAAAGAUGUCUGCCGCAAGAAUGGCUUACUCCCGUUGCUUUGCAACAGUCUUUGGAUGAGCAGCGAAACGUGGAAGGCUCACGUAGGACUUGCGCUGAGGCGCAGAAAAGAUUAUCAAUAGAUUCAGCCGAAGAUGCUCUAGACGCCAAAUUGAAUGACUCGCGUGCUACAGUGGUAUCUGCACGAGGAUUUGUAUGUGCUGAGGGGUCGUCACCACCCUCAUCCGGACCAGACAGUCGAUCAGGUUCACCACCAUCUAUCCAACGGAUAUGGGCACAAAUUAAAUCCACAAUGGCUGGUGACAUUCGACCUUGAUUUAUCUGGAUUUCACUUAUUGAUUAUGGCAUGUCAAUUCAGAAGAGGCCUUCGUUCAAGUGGCUGCUUAAACCGAAUAUCUUUCCGCGUUCGCUCCAGUGUCUCAGGCCAACGUGAAGUUGUUCUCCUGCCUUGCAGCGACAUGUCCUGUACAGUUAUUGAUAGCUGUUAAUUUCGCUAUGUUACUUGUAUCAUCUCUUUUUAGACCUCGCUGUUUCGCUUCGCUUAAGUGCGAAGAAAGUCGUAAGUACUGAUAUGACCUCUGUAAUGUUGCCUGUAUCAUGCUGUUCUGAUUGCCUACAAACAUGUCUUCCACUUCUCGAGUCCUUUUAAUUUUGAUUAGUCAUUCUGAGUACUGCUGCUGAGUGAUAUAUUUAUGCUUGAUGUUUCCUUCCGCUACUCAGUUGCUCUUGCCUUCAGAUGUCAGUCGAGGGUAGUUUUUCACGGCACAUUUUGCUUAUCAAAACUGCUUCAGGUGUACUCUUCCUUUUCAUUAAAUGUCUAGUGAAUUAUGUAAUUUAUAUCAGAAGUCUUCCGUCAUUGAUCAUCGUGUCUACUUCAACAUUGUCACUUUUAUAUUGCCUUAUUCAUUGGGAAAUAAAUUUCUCCGCAU